AUGAGCACCGAAGUCCAGAUCCCUGCGUCUCUAGAGCAGGAGAGCACCAUCAAGAGACUCGAUGACAAGACGUUUGAGGCGAAUCUGUCUCCUAGCUUCUGCAUAGGCGCAGUCCCCAAUGGCGGUUAUGUUGCCACAAUCUUCUUGCGUGCAGCAAGAGAAUAUCUCACUCCCAGGAACCAGCCCGACACCAUCGCCGCCCACUGGGAGUUCCUCAGCCGCACCGUCUCCGGCCGCGCCAUUCUCGUUGUCGAGGAGGUCAAGCCAGGCCGCUCCAUGACAGUAAUUCAUGUCUCACUCUACCAGACCGGUCUCCUCCCUCAAGCACCAUGGAUUUCAUCCGGCACAGCAAACGGCCGCGCAAAGUCAGAAAAGGUCGUCGUUGCGUAUUUGACAAACAGAAGCAUCGCAGCCGAGAGCGGCAUCAGCCUCAACACUGGCUGGUCUCUGCAGCCGAAGCUGCCUGCCGUGAAGGACUUUUCAAAACUACUCACGAAUGAGGACCCAGAAUGGCCGCCUCUGGAUCUGGUCAUCCAGCGCAGAGUCACUGCUGUGAAGCAGCUCAACAUCUACCACAACCGCGAAGCCCUAGAAAAGAGCGGCAAAACUUCUCUCAUUGACAUGUGGGUUUGCGCCAAGAACGGCGAGUCCUUCAAAGAUCCAGCUCUAGGCUUUCUGGUCGACAUCACGGCGUCUUUUGUGAUUGAAGUGCACCGGCCUCGUACGGAGAACGAGCCUCCAGUCGCAGGGGGCGAAUUAACGCACAAGGUUGCCUUUUGGUAUCCCACGCUGGUCAUGAAUCUUGAUGUGAAGAAGAAGUUGCCGGAGGAGGGCGAGAAGUGGCUCCUAAUACGGUGUUUGUCGAAGAAGACGUUCAAUGGCAGAUCCGAUAUUGAGAUAAUUAUAUGCGAUAGAGCGGGUGAUAUUGUUGCGCUAUCACAUCACGUUGCUAUGAUUGUAAAUUUUGAAAAGAAUAUUGCGAAUAGGGCUGUUGUUAAGAGCAAGGUUUAA